UGGACAGGAACAACAAUUAUUCUAAAGUGUUUGGCAGCGGCAGUAACAGGAAGCAACUCUAACAGAGACUUGAUGUAUAUUGGUUUCCCGGAGCACAGGGGUGUUAUUCUAGUUUUUAUUCUGGGACUUCCCGUCGGUUGAUCUCUUGUGUUUGUGUGUGGACGCCGCAGAAGAAGAUGGAGCACAGGUCGUGCACGGAGGAUCGGAUCCAACACGUCCUGGAGCGCUGCCUCUGCGACCUGGGAGUCGACACUCCGGACAAACAGCUCUGGAACGCCGGGCUGUGCAUGAACCGCUGGUGUUUGGAGGAACUUGUGAAGAGAGAUCCCCACAACUUCCUCAUCCUUCUGCAGAACAUACUCGGGAAAACAAAAGAGGUUCUGGAGCGGUGUCAGUAUGAACUGGUGGUUCCCCUCUCGCUCUUGUUCUCUUCAACCCUCCUCAAAGCUCCGUACGUGGCUCCGGACUGUGACGUGGUGUCGGAGGCCUUCCUGCUCUUCCAUAGCUUUCUGUCCUGGCCCGAGCCGUGCAGCUCCGCCAGCAAACGCCUGCUGGGCAUCAUGCAGCAGGAGCUCCGAGCACCAGGUAUUUCAUUUCAGAGGCUGGUGAGGGCAGAGCAGGGGCUUUCCUCCGAGAUCCACAGAUCUAAAAUCAUGACGGUACUGUUAGUGAGUCCAGAGGAAGACGUCCCUCCAGAGGUCCAGCUCGUCUCCGAGCAGCUGAGCAGCACUCAGUCCUCCAACAGAGACGUCCUCACCACCCUCAUCCUGCACAGCUUCCAGGCGGUGCUGGGCACCAAAUACGAUCUGCAGGCUCUUCACGCCGCCCUACAGACGAAGCGGACGGAGGAGCUGGAGCAGCUCCUGCAGGAGGUGACGGAGAACAUGGAGAUGGCAGCGUCAGCAGCAGACUUCAGCUCAGCGAGGCAGAAGCUCCUGAACAACAUGGAGAGGAUCAGAGAAGGCCUCGCUCCUCCUGCUCCAGCUCCUGGCUGCACUCAGACUGGUUCUGUUGAAACUUUCGCGCUGCCCUUCCCCAAAUGUCACACGUGUACUUGGGAGAACGACAACUUUGACUUUCUGAACAAAAUCCUCCCAAGUGAGUCGGAAGUGGAUUCGACUGAGGAAUGUUUCCUGAAAGCAAGGAUAGACGAGGACGAUAAAGACGACACCAGUGUGGAUGAGGAAGAAGAGGAGGAUGGAAGCAAAGUGGACCAGGACUUUCCAAACCACCGUAUCUCCACCACGUCCUCGUCCUCCAGGGACUCCAUGUUUUCCAGCCACUCCCUCUCCUCCAGCUGGUCCGUGCCCUCCGCCUCGUCCGGCGUGGAGAGUGACUUCAGCGAGGACACGGGCCUCGAGGACACAGAGGAGGGACAGGACAGCCGACCGAAACCUAGGAAGAAACCCAAGAAGAAGUCCAGGUCCCUUUUAGGCAUGGAGCGCAUCUCCAUGCUCUUCAAGAACCCCCGCAGCCCGAGCACUUGCCGCCGAGUCCAGAGCAUGGGUUAUCAUAGUGACUUCACCAAAGACUUUCAAAGAACCGGGUCGAGACUCAAACUCUACAGGUCCCUGUCCAGACAGGCGUCCAUCUCCACCUCCGAUCCUCUGUCCCCCCAGAAGCAGGUGUGUGUCCGCAGGAGGCCGAUCCUGAGCUGUGACGGGUCCGAGGGGCCGACCCUGGUCCGGGUGGUGGUGUUCGGGGGGGACAGAGAGGCGGGCCGGCUGUCCAGGGCGUACAACGACCUGCAGCAGAAAGAGAGCAAAUGUCCCAGACUCACCAAGAAGUGCAAACUGCAGUUUUACUUUGUCCCGACCAAUAGGAGAAGCUCGCGGAGCCAAGGAGGAAACACGCCGACCGAAGGCACAACAGGAAGUUCAACCAAAGCUGUCGCGUCUGUGGAGUCUAAUGACGUGGCGCUGGAGGACAGUACGACCCACGUGGCCCAGAUGUUGGGCGCCAUGGAUCCCUGGUACGAGCGUAACGUCCUCAGUCUGCUCAGCUUGUCCUCCGACGUCCUCUGUCAGACUGGCUGUAAGGACGCCGACAUCUCGGAGGGAAGCGGCAGCGAAGAGCGUCUUCCUCUACUGACCCAACUGGUGCUUUACUACUGCAGACAUGCAGACCAGCCUGUUCUGGUACCGCUCUACCAGGCGGAGCUCACCCUGGCUGGAGGAGAGAGGAGAAGGGAAGUGUUUGUUCAUUCUCUGGAGCUCGGCCACUCGGCUGGAGCCAGAGCUGUUAAAGCCAUGGGAUCCGCCAGCAAGAGGUUUGGAAUCGAUGAGGAGCAUCAGGCUGUCCCUUUAACUCUGAGCGUCUCUUACAACAGGGUGGCUGUCAGUGGAAGGAGCCAGUGGAUCGACACGGAGAUCAUCUGCACAUCCAUUAAUCUUCAGAAAGCCUCCAAGAAGCCUGAGCACCUCUGUGACGAUUCAAGGAUAGAGACUCUGCAGCUGACGAUGACAGAAGUCACGAAGAGGAACUGCUCCAAGUCGAAGAAGUGCCACAACCAGCAAAUCUCGGUAUCAGAGGUGAAGGUGGACAAGGUGCAGGUGAGCGGUGGAGACGAUGGCUCCACCUUCGGCGUGUGUCUGGAUCAGGAUGAGAAGAAGUUCAUCCAGAGUGUGACCAGGUGUGACGUGUCUCUGUGCUGUAAACCAGGAAGCAGCUCGGACUGGAGGUCGUACAAGCUGCUCCCAGGUCAGGUUCAGCCUCUGCACCCGUCCUACUGCUCCCUGCUCUGCCUUCCCAUCACCUCCUUCUCCGCCUCCUGACACCUGGGAGGUUAAACACUGCAGGGAUCCUCACACAGCGACUUGCAAACCAAAGGCAACACACGACAGAUGCAGAACUUGGCUCCUGAAUAACAUCUGGAUAUGAAGGCAGAGAAGAAGUGGCACCAAUGCAAAUAAUAACGAUAACAUUUAUAGCCUAGUGUAUAUUUCAGGUUUGUCCUGUAGCUGAUGUCAGAGUGUGU